UCUCAGGUCAUAUUUUAACAUAAAAUCUACUCCUUAAGUGAUAAAAUUGUUUUUUUUUUUAAUCGUGUGUCGUACAAAGACUGGGUUUCUUUGUCAAGUUGGUUCCGGUUAAAAGUGGAGCCAAAAGUGACUAGAAAAUGCCUCUCAGGCCUCUUGUGCCCCUAUCAGCACUUGCUCUGCUUGGCUGGUGUUGGUACACCUUCAGGAGGAAGAGCAACUUGCAGCAGAACACUAAGGAAGAAUUGUCUGUUUCCUUUUCUGCUAGAAAGCAAAGUACAGUGGAGAAUGUUGUGGAACAAGAUACCGCUGUUGCUGAAACUAAAACUACACCUGAAGCACAGGAUGUGAAAACCCAUUCCCAUUUUCAGUCACAGGAAAAACAAGUGGAGGACCAAAAUGUUGAUCUUAGUUGCUCUCAACUCUGUAGUACUAUGAGUGAAUCGUCGGUCCUGUCUGCGGCCUCAACCGCCACUAUUCUCACCUCCACUCCAAUUGUACGACUUGUGAAAGGAAUUCGACCAGAGCCAGAAGGCGAGGUUUCCAGAGCUCAAGCAUCUCUGCUUCUGGCUGAGAAGCCAGAAACGGAGCUGGAAAAAGAGGACGACUCUGUUAAAGGUCGCUCAGACUUUAAAGAGAUGAAAGAGACGGAGUCUUUUGCACAGCAGCCCACAGGGAUCGUCUGCCCCAAAGAGAACGGAGUCACUAGCAUGUCUGAAAAGCAAAGCGAAAGAAGCCCAAGCCUGAGUGAAUCCGGUGGCCUGGUCGUCGAGGCUAUCAAUGGUGCUACUGAAGAGAUCACUGCAAUUGGUGGUGGCAUUUUAAAAAGAAAAGGUCAGGCGGAACCAGGGGUAACUCCACAAAGCCAAGUGCAACUUCAAAAAGAAAUCGAGAAGAAUAACAGUUUAGCGGUCACUGAGACGGCGGAGGAAAGCGUCUCUGCGGUACACACCCCAAGAGACCCGUCUUCAACAUUCCCAGCAGAAGAGGAUUCAGGUUGUAGCACGUGCCAUUCAGAGGAAGGGAUUGAAGCAGAGAAAGCUUUUAGCAAGUCUCGAGCUGUGGAGAAAACGUCCAGCAGCAUUUCAGUGUCUUUUAAAACUUGCCAUGCCACAGACCAAAAAAGUGAAAAACUCACAAGAGCAAAAGCAGAUGCUUCUAAAGGCGCUAACAGAUUACAGUGCGUGAACGGAGAGAGCUGGAUCACAAGCAAGCGAGCCACGCAGUCUAGGAACUCAUCCCACACUCUGUGGAACAUCGAGGUGCCAGCGCACCUUGUUGGGCGAUUAAUUGGAAAGAAAGGGAAAUACAUUUCCUCCCUGAAGCAAAGUUCUGGAGCAAAGAUCUAUGUGUCUACUCUUCCUUACACGUUCGAGUUUCAGAUCUGUCAUAUAGAGGGGUCUGAGGUGCAGGUGGAAAAAGCUCUGGCGCUUAUCAGAAAAAAGUUCAAAGAUUUGGAUUUAAGUAACCGCCUGAGCAGUUUACAACCUGCUGUGGUGCAUCCUAUACCUAUCACUUCUUGGUUGAUGCUCCCCCAGGAUGGAACUGUGGAGGUCAUUGUACCUCGGGUGGAAGCAGCUAAUUACCUGUUUGUUCAGCAGCACACACAUCCCACCUACUAUGGCUUGCGCAGUCUCUCAGAACAGAUGCUCUACUGCUACUCCCAUUCAGGAUGCCCCAGCCUACCCACUCCUGUGGAAGCAGGGGUUUUGUGCGCAGCCCCAUCUCCUGACAGUGCCUGGUGGCGGGCACAGGUUAUUCAGCAUUAUAAAGACUCAGAUAUUGUACAGAUCAGAUACGUGGACUAUGGAGGCUACGUAACGGUUAACCUCAGUUCUCUCAAGCAGAUCAGAUCUGAUUUUGUGACAUUGCCUUUCCAAGCAUCUGAAGUUAUGUUAGAAAACUUAGCACCUUUGCCAGGAAAAGGCAGGUUUUCAAUUGAAGCACAUGAGGCUCUUGAGGAAUUAACACAAGGGAUCCCUUUAAUCAUGAAGGUUACCGGCAGUCAGAGUGGACUGCCCUUAGUGCACCUCUGGCGACACACAGGAGAUGAGAUGAUUUCAGUGAACGGCCUGCUGGUGGAGCGUGGGCUUUGCUCGUGGUUGGACAGCCACUGAUGUUGAAGCCUGUACAUGUCUGCUUCACCUCAUCUCCCCCAUAAGGCCACUCUUUGCCCACAUGGGCCUUUGCGUGUAUCGUGUAAAAAUCAUGUAAUUUAUGUUUAUUAAUUAUAAAAAUAAACUUAUUAAAGGGGGGAAAAAUUAAAAAUGUGGGGAGUACACUUCUGUGCACAUAUAUUAAGAUGUAAGGUUUCCUUAUUGAACAGUUUUUUUUUUUUUUUUUUUUUUUUUUUUUGCUUUGCUUAAUGUUUGUGUAUGUGUUAUGUCUGUGAAAUGUAUGUACAUAUUAAUCCUAAACCUGUCUAAUUUCCUAGUGACACUGUUAUAGGUUUGUUUUUGUUUUUUUUCAAUUGUGUUCCUUUGCUGCACAUCUUUUCCCAAUUUCAAAAAUGGGGAAUCUUAAGUAGGAUGUGAAUCUAAUACGAGUCUGUUGGUGUCCUCCUGCUAGGCUGAAGUACAGACAAAAAAAAAAAACAUCUUUCUAAAGAAAUCACUUAAUGUGCGAACUUAAUAAUAUUAAUGCCAUUAAAAAAUAAAUGGAUGAACACA